CACAUAUCAAAACCACAAUUUUCUUCUCUGUUUUCCGAUAUUUUUUCACUGAAAAGAAAAUCAAAACUCAUAUCAACAAUGGCAGAUGAAGUAGUUCUCUUGGAUUUCUGGCCAAGUAUGUUUGGAAUGAGAGCAAAAGUAGCUUUGGCUCUAAAGGGUAUCAACUAUGAAUACAAAGAAGAAAAUCUUAGAGAUAAAAGUCCUCUACUUUUGAAGAUGAAUCCAAUCCAUAAGAAAAUCCCUGUUUUGAUACACAAUGGAAAACCCAUUUCUGAAUCACUCAUAAUUGUUGAAUACAUUGAUGAAGUUUGGAAUGAGAAAUCUCCUCUUUUACCUGCUGAUCCUUAUCAGAAAUCCCAAGCUAAGUUUUGGGCUGAUUAUGUUGACAAAAAGGUUUAUGAUAGUGGAAGGAAGAUAUGGACAAGCAAAGGAGAAGAUCAAGAGAAUGCCAAGAAGGAAUUUACUGAGGUUUUGAAGGUAUUGGAAGGAGAGCUUGGAGAGAAGCCAUUCUUUGGUGGUGAAAAUAUUGGGUUUGUGGAUGUAGCUUUGAUUCCUUUCUAUACCUGGUUUUAUGCGUAUGAGAAAUGUGGGAAUUUUAGCAUUGAAGAAGAAUGUCCAACGAUUGUUUCUUGGGCUAAGAAGUGCUUGCAAAUUGAGAGUGUUUCUCAGUCACUUUCUGAUUCAGAAAAAGUUUAUGAAUUUGUUCUCUCAUAUCAAAAGAAGCUUGGAAUUGCAUAAGUUCAUUACAAAUGCUCACAUGUUGGGUCACAGGGAUGUAAGAAGAUGGACCAAGAAUUUGUAGAAGAGUAGUGCAAAUGUUUUAUUUAUUUUCUUGUACUUGUUUUUCUCCUUAUCAAUAAAAAUUUUAAGCUUUUUACAUAAAAAGAAAA